AGCAAACGUUACUUCCUGUCCCCCCCGGCAAAAAUGGCGGCCAGGAGUUCCUUGGCCAUCCAUGACCUUCCGCCCGGGCGAGCAAGGUGAUGGCCACCCAACAGCAGCUCCUCGGCCACUACUUUUGGCGGCCAUCGCUUUGCUUCCGGUCGGGCAAAAGUGA